AUGGCUGGUGGCCGGGUCAUUGUGGAUGAUAGCCUGGUCACUGUAACCGUUUUUUGGACAUUGUCCAUGUCCAUUCUAUCCAAUUCGUAUCACUUCCCACAGUUCGUACUUAUGUGGGUCAUUCUACUUGUAAUUAUUGUUCUCGCCACCAUAUUGACUCUAUUGGUACUGUUUAUGUGCUGGAGAUGCUGCAAAGAAAAGAAUGAGACUACAAAAAGCAAAGAACCAGAAAGCGUUGUUUCGCUAAGUUUCCCUUUGCCUCCUCCAGUUGGAGAGACGGACGAUAUGGACGAAACACAGUACGAACGCAAUGUCGUGAGGACAUUUCGACAUCACGAGCUUGGAGAAAGUGAGGAAGGAAGAAUCGAAAAGAACGAAGAUUAUGUUAACAAUGCUCCACGUCGAAAGAGCAAAGCGCGACAACUGAUGGAAGAACGGAAGCAAUCGUCCAAAGAUGGCCCCCGUUUUCUCUUUGAAGCUCCACCUGCUUACGACGAAACUACAGAUGCAGGUGCUAACCAAAGUGGAGAGAAAAGAAGAAUGGUCUCUCUGAAGAUGCCUGAUCUGCCAGUACGCAAAGUUGGAGAUACACAAAUACUCAAUUUUCGUGAAGCACCUACUCAAAGCUUAUCUAGUACCACAAUGACAGCUAUCCUCAAGACUCUAAAUGAAAGCAGAAGAGAAGAACCAAAGUCAGCUCUUGCAAUUCCUACUCGCGUGCCAGGACCCUCUACGCGCAGUAUCUCAGCCGAAACUCCUUAUAGCAAUACACUAAGGGAACCCAGUGCUGAGCAGGAACAUAAAGGUAGUAGUGAAGCUGCAAAGGCAUCCGAUCGGAAAGCGGUUAAACCUUCUAAAGUAAAAAAGAAGAGGAGAUGUUAAUGAAACCAUUUAAAUAAUGUUCGUUGUGCAAAUCAAGUCAAUAAA